AUGGCUAGCACAUCUGAAGCGGGUGAGAUUACCUAUUCCACAGAAGAAAUUUUAUCUACAACCAAGAGCGGAGCUACUGAUCAGAUUUUAUCUUCAACUGGCAAUGAGGAAUCAACGCUCAAUCCAUAUGCAAGCACUUCUUCCACGGAAUCGAUAACAAGUCCUACGGCUAGCACAUCUAAAGCAGGUGAGGUCUUCUCUUCAACGGAAGAAAUUUUAUCUACAACCAGGAGCGAAACUACUGAUCAGAUUUCGUCUUCAGCUGGCAAUGAGGAAUCAACGCUCAAUCCAUAUGCAAGCACUUCUUCCACGAAAUCGAUAAUAAGUCCUACGGCUAGCACAACUGACGUAGGUGAGAUCCCCUCUUCAACGGAAGAAAUUUUAUCUACAACCAGGAGCGAAACUACUGAUCAGAUUUCGUCUUCAGCUGGCAAUGAGGAAUCAACGCUCAAUCCAUAUGCAAGCACUUCUUCCACGAAAUCGAUAAUAAGUCCUACGGCUAGCACAACUGACGUAGGUGAGAUCCCCUCUUCAACGGAAGAAAUUUUAUCUACAACCAAGAGCGGAGCUACUGAUCAGAUUUCAUCUUCAACUGGCAAUGAGGAAUCAACGCUCAAUCCAUAUGCAAGCACUUCUUCCACGAAAUCGAUAAUAAGUCCUACGGCUAGCACAACUGACGUAGGUGAGAUCCCCUCUUCAACGGAAGAAAUUUUAUCUACAACCAAGCGCGGAGCUACUGAUCAUAUUUCAUCUUCAACUGGCAAUGAGGAAUCAACGCUAAAUCCAUAUGCAAGUUCUUUUUCUACGGAAUCGAUAAAAAAUCCUACUGCUAGCACAACUGACGCAGCUACUGAUCAGAUUUCAUCUUCAACUGACAAUGAGGAAUCAACGCUCAAUCCAUAUGCAAGCACUUCUUCCACGGAAUCGAUAACAAGUCCUACAGCUACCUCACCUGAAGCAG